AUGGCUCCCUCAAGGCUGUCACCGGAACCGUCCGUCUUGACUCCCACCUCUCUCACUUUCCCAACAGCACAAAAUACUUCAGGUGCUGUAGAUGGUACGCCGAAUUUCCACGGGUACGAUCAUAUCACUUGGUAUGUGGGUAACGCAAAGCAAGCUGCUUCCUUCUACACCACACGUCUCGGAUUCUACACGAUAGCAUACAAAGGUCUCGAAACUGGAAGUCGAUACAUUGCCUCUCACGUCGUAGCAAACGGCAAUAUCAGAUUCGUCCUCACAUCACCCAUCAAAUCAUAUUCCUGCCUCGAUGGAGAUGAGCCAAUAUCAUCCGAGGAGAGAAGCUUGCUGAAGGAGAUAUACGCACAUCUCGAGAAGCAUGGUGAUGCAGUAAAGGACGUUGCUUUCGAGGUCGACAAUGUAGCAGCAGUAUACAAUCAAGCCGUGGAACAAGAUGCUGUCUCCGUCCAAGCACCAAGGAAGGUCUCAGAUGAGAACGGUUCCGUCACAACAGCCAUCAUCCGCACAUACGGCGACACAACACACACUCUAAUCUCUCGAGACUCAUACAGCGGCGUCUUCCUCCCCAGCUACAAGUCCAUCCCCUCCUCCAAGCUCGACCCACUACAACGCCUCCUCCCCUCCGUCCAACUCGAAGCCAUCGACCACUGCGUCGGCAACCAAGACUGGGGCGCCAUGGAAGCCGCCUGCGACUACUACGAGCGCUGCCUCUCCUUCCACCGCUUCUGGUCCGUCGACGACAGCCAGAUUUCCACCGAGUUCUCAGCCCUCAACUCCAUCGUCAUGGCAUCCCCCAACAACGUCGUCAAGAUGCCCAUCAACGAGCCCGCACCUGGCAAGAAGAAGUCCCAGAUCGAGGAGUACGUUGAUUUCUAUGGUGGCGCUGGCGUGCAACACAUUGCGUUGAGGACGAACGAUAUUAUUUCUGCUGUGAGCAACAUGCGAGCUCGUGGCGUGGAGUUCAUCAAUGUUCCUGAAACGUACUACACUACUAUGCGCAUGAGAUUGAAGAGCGAUAAGCGGAACUGGAAGUUGCAAGAGGACUUUGAUACCAUUCAGAGACUGAACAUCCUGAUAGAUUUCGACGAGGGCGGAUAUCUCCUGCAAUUGUUCACGAAGCCCUUGAUGGAUCGUCCGACGGUGUUUAUUGAGAUUAUUCAGAGGAAUGAGUUUGAUGGGUUCGGAGCUGGUAAUUUCAAGAGUUUGUUUGAGGCUAUUGAGCGGGAGCAGGCGGAGAGGGGAAAUUUGUGA